AUGCCCGCUUGGAACUUUAGCAAGGCUUGCUUUAUGGACCGUUUUGGGUACGGUUGGUCUGACAAGAACGUUCUACCUGUCACUACCCAAGAGUAUGUCUUUAGAUUACACGGUAGUCUUGGCGUAGCUGGCUUGACGGGCACAAAAUAUGUGUUGGUUGGUUGGUCGUGGGGCUCUAUUUUCGUGCAGACCUAUGCCCUCAGUUACCCGACCGAGGUGGUGGGUAUAGUCACGAUAGAUGGCACUGACUCUAAAUGGGGAUUCAUCUCGGAUAACCAACAAGCAGUCAUCUCGCUCACCAAUACAUUCACAACCUAUAUGACCAAGCUCGGACUUGGGUCGCUCCAAAGUGAUGCUGCCGCCGGUCUCAUCCCACUCGGUCACGGGUACUUCCCAAACAGCUCGCUUGCACUAGGAUUCACACAAGCAUCGAUCGACGCAUCGCAAGAGCUGUGGCUCACCAAUAAGAACCUCUUGACCAGCGUCCAAGAGCUCAAUAUCAUGGUGCUGUCCUCUGCCAUCCUCAACUUUACCUACACUCUCAAGGGUGCCAAUCCCCUCAAAGACCUGCCAUACGUCAACAUCUACAACACCGUCACCAACCAAGACUGGACCGACCGCCAACUCUUCAUGGCCUCCCUCUCGACCAACUCGCAGGCUGCAGGCUAUAACACUGACCACUACUUUCCCUUUACAGACUCAUCCGAUGUCAUCACUGCUCUCUCUGCCAUUGCUAAUAGAAUAGCUACAUCUCCUGCUAUUGAUGAUAAUGGAGAUAUAAUAUGUUUAUUGAUGACAUGUCGGAAGUUAUAUAAUAGUAGUGCUUUAAGAAGAUUGAUGAUUAACUCCACUAACGAGCGCUAUGAUAUCACCACUGUAUGCAAUCUCAGUGACUUGGAACUCGACAAAUACCGAUCACGGACAGAGAGCGAUCAGUAUAUUCCUAUCUUGACAAAAAGUCUGACGUCGCUCACUGUGAUACUGGGAGAGGUACCUCUUCAACGAGACACAUUACUUUCAUUGACAUCACUAGUCCACCUCGAUAUCUACGUACGCAGCCGUGACAAGGAAACAACAAAAGAGGAACAAACAUGGGCAAUCCUCACAACAACUAGAGUUGGGCGUACAAAUACCUCACCAAUGCAUGACUAA